ACUACUUGUUUCUAUUUUACAACCAACACAACCUACACGUGACAGCUGCACUGGCACUCUCUGGACACAAUACAAGAAUCUACACCCUGAUUAUCUGUUCCUCAUGGAGUAUCCAUUUCUGUUGUGUCUGGCAAUGCUGCUCUUUAUGAGCAGUGUGGCAACAGGACAAAGCACAGAAUUACCAACAACAGUUCCAGGUAGCAUGGAAACAGGACAAAGUGUAGAACCACCAGUAAUAAUGCCACAUCCACCUUUUUUUCAAGUUGGACCUGAUGCAGUUGAGCUUUCUCUCAGUGAUGGAGAUUAUGAAACAAUUCAGCUUCAGCAACCAUUCAUAUACGCUGGAAAAACAUAUUCUCGGCUCUAUCUGAGUAUGGAUGGUUAUGUGGCUUUCAACGUUCCAGUGGUUGAUGAUGAAUUACCCAAUCCACAACUUGGCAAAGACAUCAUUGCUCCACUGUGGACUGAUCUUGAUGCUGACGAAGGAGGAAGAUGGACCUACGAGCAGGCCACAAGCGGGCCUCUUAUAGAUGAAGCUACAAAUGUGAUUUAUGACAUAGAGCCCAGUUUGAACUUUUCUGCUUCCUGGGUUUUUGUGUCCACUUGGGAAAAUGUACCACUUGAAAUCACUGUUGGGGCUGCGUCACUUCAAGUCGUCUUGGUGUCGAAUGCUGAAGGCUUCGCUUUUAUCCUGAUGAACUAUGGGGUCAUUCCUUCUAUUCCUUCCCCUUACUGGCUGGCUGGCUAUGAAAUGGAAAACAGUGAUUUUAUCACCAUUUCAGUAAACGAUUCCUCUGAGCUAUCUUCAGCUAGUAACAUCAAUUUCCCUGGUCGCUGGGCUUUUCAAGGUCCCUUCAGACCUUUAGGUCCCCCUGCUCCUCCUCAUUUCUAUCCAUUCUGGUAUGGAAACGAAGUUAAUUUUUUUCUUAAUAAUGGAAGUUCCUCUCAGAUAACACUUCAGCAGCCAUUCCAAUUCUUCGGAUCCUACGAGUACACAAUAUAUGUAAAUAAGAACGGUGUACUCAGUUUCUCUGAGCCACUUGGCGAGACCAGUCCUGAUAAUAAUAUAAAUAUUAGCACUGACCUAAUUGCAGCACUCUGGACUGAUUUUGAAAUCGACUACAGUUCAAGAGUCAUCUAUCAGGAAGUCACUAGUGGUCCUCUUCUGUUCCGAGCGACACAAGACAUUAACAUGAUGUUCCCAGAGAAUCCUUUCUAUGCUACAUGGCUCUUUAUAGCCACUUGGCAAAUGAUGCCAUUUGCCAACAGCACAGGGAACGCGACAUUCCAAGCUGUCUUGGUUUCUAAUGCCGCGGAUACCUCCUAUGUCAUGCUGAACUACGGAGAAAUUGAUUCUACUGAUCAGUCCUGGCUGGCUGGUUAUGAGGCAGUGGAUGGCAGAUCCAGUUUCAUUCCAGAAGAAGACACUUUUAACCUCUCUUCAUCUAGUAAUGUCCAGAUUCCCGGAUGCUGGGUUUUCCAAGUCACCGAUCCAGUCUCAUCAAUCUGUCAGUUCUUGAACUGUGCUUGGGGUGAAGUUUGUACGCAGAUAAAUGGAGCUUAUGGCUGUGCCUGUGGGGAAUCCAGUCCAAGGCCUAACCCAGAAACUUACGAUGCCAUGGAAACAUGUUCAGGCAGUUCUGGAUCACUGUCUCUGUCUCGCUGUCAGCUCUUUGAGGCUGGAUAUCCUUCAGAUGUUCUCCAUCUUAAUGACCCAAGCUGCAGAGGGUUGGUCCAGUAUGACAGGCUGGUGUUCAACUUUGACAGUAAUGUCAAAAUGUGUGGCACAAUUCUGGAGCACAACGAGACACACAUCAUCUUCAAGAACAGUGCUGGAACAACUGAUGGUAUGGGUGUGAUCAGCCAUGUUGGAGGGCUAAACAUUGCCUUUUCCUGUGUGUAUCCACUCAUCCAGAGUAUCUCCAUGCCCAUGGCCUUUCAAGCCACAGGAAGUACAAUCAGCAAGGAACUGUCUACUGAGGGCACAUAUCAAAUCAGCAUGAUCGCAUAUCCCGAUCUUACAUUCCAAAAUCCAUUCUCUGGCAAUGUGACCCUAGAAAUGAACCAACAGCUCUAUAUAUCUGUGCAAGUGGAUAAGUUUGACAGCAGUCAGAUUGCUCUUGUUCUGGACAAUUGCUGGGCUACACCAGUCAACCAGAUGGACUACAACAUCCGCUGGGACCUGAUCACUAAUGAGUGUCCAAACCCUGCUGAUAGCACAGUGGAAGUGUUGCAGAAUGGCGUCUCAACAUUCAGCUACUUCUCCUUCAGGAUGUUCACUUUCACUGGCUUCGCUAACAGCAUCUACCUUCACUGCCAGGUCCACCUCUGUGUGCAGGGAUCAGGCAACUGUGCUUUGCCAUGUGAUAGACAACUUGCCAGAAGACGACGAUCUGCAGAUUUCUACGACUCAGCUGCAAUUACCAUGGAAUUCUGAUUUGUUUAGAGUCGAUUCUAAAAUUGUAUUUUCUUUUUCUGUUCAUUCUAGAUUUAAUUUUGCUUUGCAUUAAAAAAUAAUCAUUACAAAGGAAAGUGAUGUUAUAAUGAAACUAUUCAUAUGAAACUAUAUCAUUUCUAUCAUUCUAAUGAUCUGUGAUAAUAAAUCUCACAAGCAUUUUA